GACUUGCAACGACUUUGAGGGAAAGGCAAAGGAGCCAUGAAGAAGGGUGGCUUGAACACUAAGCUCAAGCUCUCUCUUCCUCCUCCAGAUGAGACUUCCAUCGCUAAAUUCCUCACGCAGAGCGGUACCUUUAAGGACGGCGAUCUGCUUGUUAACAAGGAUGGAGUUCGAGUCGUCCCAAAAAACGAAGAUGAUCAGCAAUCUAUUAUAAAGCCAUCAGACAACCAGUUGAGCUUAGCUGACAUAGACACAAUUAAAGUAAUUGGAAAGGGUAAUGGUGGAAUUGUGCAACUGGUGCAACACAAAUGGACUCGCCAGUUUUUUGCUCUGAAGGUUAUCCAAAUGAACAUCCAAGAGGUUAUUCGCAAACAGAUUGCACAGGAGCUUAAAAUUAAUCAGUCAGCACAAUGCCCAUACGUGGUUGUCUGUUACCAUUCUUUCUAUGAUAAUGGUGCCAUAUCAAUAGUCUUCGAGUACAUGGAUGGUGGUUCUCUGGCAGAUUUUCUAAAGAAAGUAAAAACAAUUCCAGAGCCAUAUCUUUCUGCUAUCUGCAAGCAGGUGCUCAAUGGUUUGUUGUACCUUCAUCAUGACAAGCACAUAAUUCACAGGGACUUAAAGCCUUCUAAUUUAUUAAUAAAUCAUAGAGGAGAAGUCAAGAUAACUGACUUUGGUGUGAGUGCUACACUGACAAGCACCUAUGGCCAAGCAAACACUUUUGUUGGUACUUACAACUACAUGUCUCCAGAGAGAAUACUUGGAAACGACUAUGGCUACAAGAGUGAUAUUUGGAGCUUGGGAGUAGUCCUACUAGAGUGUGCAACUGGAAAAUUUCCAUAUUCCCCACCACAACAAGAAGGGUGGACCAAUUUUUAUGAGCUUAUGGAAGCAAUUGUUGAUGGACCACCACCCUGCGUGCCUGCAGAUCAAUUUUCUCCAGAGUUCUGCUCAUUUAUUUCAGCAUGUGUACAGAAAGACCCCCAAAAUAGACAGUCAGCACAGGAACUUAUGAAACAUCCUUUCAUCACUAGGCAUGAAGACUCAGGUGUUGACCUUGCAUCUUACUUCAGAGAUGUUGCAUCUCCACUCGCUACAAUUGAUGUUUCCAUCUGAUAUCAGAUUCGGAGGCAGAGCUUAUCACAGCGUUUUAUCAAAGACGAGGAAAAAGUUGGAAGGAGGAAGAAAUUCUUACGCUAUUGAAAAGGGAUGUGGGGGACCAGAUCUUAAACAUCAGCAAUAUUUCAUGGAACCCAAUGCCUGAAAUUUGGAGUGAGACAGCUUCCCUGAGAAUCCCGGGAUUUUACUUUUCUUGUUUUGCUUUUUUUUUUUUUUUUUCAGGGUAAUCCAGGAUUUUUGCUCGAAAGAAAUGUAUCAUCUGUAAUUCUUGUUUGAGAAAACGUGAGUGCUGCCAUUUGAAGUUUGAACUUUGAAUUAUGCAGACAAACAAAUAAACCCAACCGUGAUGCAAAAUUAUUUCUGCGCUUA